AUGGCAGGCCUGGCGCGGGAAAUUGAAGGGUUCACAGAUGAAGACAGACGACAUUUUGAGUUCGUGCGACCUCUCAUUCACAUCUCUGAUUCCCUCACCAAAAAGGAAACGGAUGACGUAAAAAUAUACUGCGCGCACGUGAUUCCGAAAGGCAUGAUAAAAGGUCUAAAACGAGCGGUUGACAUUUUUCUGAAGCUAAAAGAAAUAGGCAAGAUCAACCAGGAGAACUUGGACUUUGUUGAGGAGGUUUUGGAAAUGAUCGGACGACGUGAUUUGGCUCGGGACGUUCUGCGGCCAGCCCAACAACCUGACCGAGCGGUUCCGGAAAAUCCCGAACUCCAGCCGGAAAUCCCCGAGCCCCAGCCGGAAAACCCCGAGCCCCUACCGGGACCAAGUCAUGACGAAGCGAGGGCAGAAGGCCAGUCGGAACAACUGAAGCGGGCAGUGGACGUUUUCCAAAAGCUGAUUAAACUGGACAAAAUCGACCAAGAGAAUCUUGACUUUCUCAAAGAGCUGUUGGAAAGAAUCGGCCGACAGGACCUAAUUCGGGACGUUCUGCAGCAGUUCCAGCCGCCUGACCGAGAGAUUCCGGAGAAUCCCGAACUGCAGCCGGGAUCGAGUCAGCAGGGCCAGGGAGCAAUUGCAGAAGGACAUGCAACCUCUAACACCUACGUUGUCGUGAACGGCCAAGUGCGCAUGAUCCAGGAAACUCUAGAUCGCCUUAGAAACCACAUAGCAACGUUAUCUGGCAGCAGAAGGUCACAGGAGUACAGGGGAGAGAAGCCACCUGGAGACUGGUCGGCACAGGUCGAGAAGGCUGAUUCAGCUACACAGACACACCUAACGGAUCCUGUUGGUACUACAUGGAUAUCUGGAGGUGUGGGUGACAAGGUUGGAACAGACCCGACUGUAAAGGAAGAAGACGGGAAAACUCCAAGACAAGACUCUGGCAGUGGGAGCAAUGGAAAAGAGGAUGUUCUCGGUACAAAAGCACAUGAGCAAGAGCACCACACAGUGGGGACAAAGGUAGCAGCAGCUGGCCGUACUGGGGACAUGGAACAGCGUGUCAUCGCUUUUGGUGGGUAUGGAUCAGAACCUGGAAAGUUUCGGUUCCCACGUGGUGUUUUGGUGUCGCCUAGCAACGAGAUAUUUGUCGCUGAUAGACUCAACAGGCGAGUCCAAUUCCACAACACGAAGGGGGUUUACCUGCGCCACUUCCCAACAGUUGUACCGGGUACAGGGCGUAAGGUCAUGAAGCCUUAUGAUGUUUGUAUGGACGGUAACGGCAAGCUGUGGGUAGUGGGGUGGGGAGAGACAGCCGAGCAUGUUGUACAGUACAGCACGGACGGGACCGCCAUGGCGGGGUUUGACCUGAAGAGGAACGUUCAUUUCCGCGGCAUUGCAGUAGACAUGCGCACUAACCACGUCCUGGUGACUGAUGCAGAAAACAGUGAAAUUCAAGUGUUCCGUCCGGACGGCUCCCUGGUGCGGACAGUCCGGCAUCCACGGGCUGGGGAGAUGACGCGCCCAACGUACGUCACUGUUGACAGGGAAGGGAACAUUCUUGUGACAGACUGGUACAAUGACUAUGUCUACAUGUAUGACGAAUCUGGGAAGUUCCUGUUCCAGUUCGGAGGUAAGGGCAAAGGUGAAGGUCAGAUGAGUGAUCCCCACGGCAUCUGUACAGACAGCUCGGGUCACAUCCUCGUGGCGGACUCUGUGAACGAGAGGGUUCAGAUCUUCACACGUCACGGCGAGUUUGUCCGUACCGUCUCUGCUGGGUUUAAACCGACAGGCCUUGCUGUGGGACCGGAAGGGCAGCUGGUUGUGAGUAAUUAUGUGGACCACACUGUGACUGUAUAUUCCAACUAUUAG